AUGGUUCCCGGAACUUUGCUCAUUGUCGACUUGGAAGGGACAAUGAAUGUAAAGCAUCAAAAAGGUGGAAAAAGCGAUAUUGUCCUUGUACCCCAGCCUUCGAAUGACCCCAACGACCCCCUCAACUGGAGUAAAUUCCGCAAGGAGUAUCAUUUCUGGCUCCUGUGGAUCUGGGGGUUUCUAGCUGCGGUCUGCGUCAAUUUGGUUGGGUUGGGCCAGUCUGGAUUCCAGACAACCAUUGAGAUGCAAUGGGCGACAAACAUCCUCACCGGGUUCGGUGCGACGCCAGUGGACUCUCUGGUACAAAUUACGACGACCGAUAUCUUCUUUGCACAUGAGAAAGGCACCAGACUGAGUUUGUGCGUCUUCACGAUAUAUGCAGGGUCAUACCUUGGCCCUGUUGCGGCGGGGCACAUCGCCGACUCCCAGAACUGGCGUUGGCAUUACCAGUACUUGAUCAUUUUCUUCGCUGUCCUUCUGGUCAUCCAAAUAUUCACGAUGGAAGAAUCUACCUUCUGCAGACCACCUACGUCCUCAGAGAUAUCCGGAGACAUAGCCACGAUAUCUCAUCAUGCAAGACAAAAGCUACAAGAUGUGAAAAUUAAGUCUGAAGCGUCACAUGGAGAAGACGGUGACACCUCCGAGGAAUCAGCGCCACCUGCUCCGAAGACAUACUGGCAACGGAUGGGACUAUAUAACACUGCCUAUAGUGACCCACGGCCAUUGUGGCUCGUUGCCAUUAGCCCGUUUAUGUUGGUAACAUAUCCGGCAGUCAUGUGGGCAGGUUUCAUCUACGGCGUACAGAUUAUGUGGCUAUCGCUACUCAACGUGACGCAGUCUGAACUUUUCAGUGGGCCGCCGUACAACUUGAGUGUAACGAACGUUGGCAAUAUCAACUUUUCCUCCUUCAUCGGCGGCAUCCUAGGCAUGUUCUGGGGCGGCUAUGUGUCUGAUUGGUGCAUCAUUUUUCUCUCCAGACGCAACCAGGGUAUUCUAGAACCUGAGUUUAGGCUCUGGACUAUGCUUGUCCCUGCAAUCAUCAACACCGCGGGGAUACUUAUGUAUGGUCUGGGUGUAUUAAAGGGUACAAUGUGGCUUCUGCCAGCCGGAUUCGGCAUGGUAUUUAUUGCCUUCGGGAUCGGAAGUGGCGGCGCCAUUGCAAUUACGUACGCGGUAGACUGCUACCCGCGCACUGCCUCUGAAGGCCUGGUGCUUAUGCUCUUUGUUCGGAAUAUGAUCGGUUGCGGGUUCACUUUUGCCGGCCAGCCAUGGCUGGACCAUAACGGUUUGCAAACCACCACUAUUAUCAUGGCGAUGAUAUGCCUUGUUGCUAAUAUGUCUUUUCUUCUACUGAUUUGGAAGGGAAAGCGUUUGCGCGAGUGGACUGCGAAGCGCUAUAUCAUACUGAUGCAACAGAAGGACAAGGAGGAUUUGAUUAUCUAG